CGACAGUGUUUGUGUUGUGCUUGCGCUAGACUGCUGCGGAGAGAGGUUUCUGUGCGCUGCGUAAUCAUUAUCUUUUUUGUACGUCGGUAUUCGAUUCAAUAAGAGUGCUUUCGUUCACUGUUUUACGCUAGAACUGGUGGUAAUUUUAAUUCAUUCCGUGUCUUGAUCUCGACCUGGUCGCACUCGUACGAGAGGUGGUUUCCCGCGACUGCUUUCCGUCCGCAAUUACUUGGUGGUGCAAUAAUUAGACUCGUCAUCGUCAUCGUCGCACGCAGAGAGUGAGAUCGGGGUUUUGUGAUUGUGCGGCCCAGUUCCGGAAGGUUUACGCAUCAGCAAAAUCCAGGACAAAAGUGAUAACGAGACGAAACGAUCGCAAUCAAUCGAACCAAGGCAGGGCUGAUCAUCAUUCGUGUAGAGCAACAACGAAGAAAGCAGCAGCAUCGAAAUGGGUGUACCGAAGGUCUACGUCGUCGGAGUCGGCAUGACCAAGUUCGAAAAACCCGGCCGCCGGGAGAACUUUGACUAUCCACAGAUGGCCAAGGAAGCCGUGACCAAGGCGCUGAACGAUGCCCGUAUUCAGUACAAGGAUGUUCAGCAGGCCACUGUGGGAUACGUCUAUGGUGACUCGACCUGUGGCCAGCGUGCUCUGUACGAAGUCGGAUUCACCGGAAUUCCGAUCUACAACGUGAACAACAACUGCUCGACGGGUUCUACAGCGCUUCUGUUGGCCAAGCAGCUGAUCGAAACCGGAAACAACGACUGCGUGCUGGCGCUCGGGUUCGAGAAAAUGGAACGAGGUUCGCUGACCUCGAAGUACAUGGAUCGGACCAAUCCGGUGGAGCUGUUGGUAUCUGCUAUGGCGGAGAAGCACGACAUCACGGGAGCUCCCAUCUCGGCGCAGCUGUUCGGCAACGCCGGGCUAGAGCACAUGCAAAAGUAUGGAACCAAGCCGGAACAUUUUGCGAAAAUUGCCUACAAAAAUCACAAACAUUCCACCAACAAUCCCUACUCGCAGUUCCAAGAUGAGUAUUCGUUCGAUCAGAUCGUCAAAUCAACGCAAGUGCACGAAUACCUGACGAAGUUGCAGUGUUGUCCCACGAGUGAUGGAGCCGCGUGCUGUAUUCUCGCCUCGGAAAGUUUCGUCAAACGACACGGACUAGAGGGACAAGCCGUCGAGAUUGUUGGUAUGGAAAUGUCCACCGAUCUGCCGUCAUCGUUUGGAGAGGGCAGUGCAAUGAAAAUCGUCGGUUACGACAUGACUCGUAACGCAGCCGAGAAGGUCUUCGCCAAGACGAACUUCAAACCCCAGGACGUCGAUGUGGUGGAACUGCAUGAUUGCUUCUCGGCGAACGAGUUGAUUACUUACGAGGCCCUGGGUCUCUGUCAGCCGGGCAAGGCCGCCGAGUUCAUCGACCGAGGGGACAACACCUACGGAGGUCGCGUAGUUGUGAACCCGAGUGGAGGUUUGAUCUCCAAGGGUCAUCCUUUGGGUGCCACUGGGCUGGCCCAGUGCAGCGAGCUAUGCUGGCAACUGCGAGGUGAAGCCGAUAAGCGUCAGGUUAAGGGGGCGAAGUUGGCUCUGCAGCACAACAUUGGUUUGGGAGGUGCGGCUGUGGUGGGUCUGUAUCGACUUGGAUUCCCGCAUGCCAAGAAAUCGGUCAACCUGAAUUUGACGUCGGCCGGCAAGCUGAAGGAUACGCCUGAAGGAUUUUUGGUGGCACCGUACAUGAAACUGCUCGAGGAAGCUAUGGCAGAUGAUAAGGACAACCUGAUCGAGAAGGUGCGGGGCAUCUACGGAUUUAAGGUUACCAAUGGACCAAGUGGAGCUGAAGGCUACUGGGUGAUCAACGCCAAGACCGGAAAGGGUUCGGUUACCUAUAAGGGAACAGAAAAACCCGACGUCACCUUCAUCAUCAACGACAUCGACGUGGUGGAUCUGAUUUCCGGCAAGCUGAAUCCCCAGAAAGCCUUCUUCCAGGGUAAGGUGAAAGUUCAGGGCAACAUGGGCCUGGCCAUGAAGCUGGUGGACCUGCAGAAGAGCGCCAAUUCCCGCAUCGAGGAGCUGCGGGCGAAGCUGUAAAAACUGUAACACAGUGCAAAGCUAGCUUAGGUUUUAAAAGAACUGUUUAGGAGUGGCAGUUUAUCAAUUAUUUUGGUUCCGUCGCGGCAUUUAAAAAAUGUGGUGAUUUAUUGUACACAAUAUUUUUACACGAAAUAAAAUUUACACUGGUGAUAGUUAACUAACUACAA